CACGGACUAGUCUGCCGGUACACUCGAAGAAACGCGCGCGCGCAGCGGAUUUCCGCACGAUUUAUUAUUACGAGUUCUUACGCGAAAACCGCGGGUUGUAUUAAUAAAUGUGAAAACUGAAUAAGGAAAAGACGCAACGCAACAAUUGUAAUAAAAACGGUGUCGCUUGUGUGUGUGAGUGAAAAGUGAAUACUAACUGUGUGUGAAAUUUAAUAUAUUAUAAAGAGUGAUCAUGUCAAAAGGUCAAGAUAUAGAGUUCAAGCCGAGGGAGACAUGGAGGAUCGCUAAAAACGUCGUCGUCAUCAGCAUCGCGUUUAUGGUUCAAUUCACGGCUUACAGUGGUGCUGCAAAUCUCCAAAGUUCAAUCAAUGCGGAAGCAGGACUGGGAACUGCAUCUUUAGCGGCGGUGUAUGCGGGUCUGAUCUUCUCAAAUAUUUUUUUACCUGUGGUUGUUAUCAAAUGGCUUGGCACGAAAUGGGCGAUGUCACUAUCUUUCAUCACGUACAUGCCAUAUAUAGCGGCUCAAUUGUGGCCGCGAUUCUAUACAAUGAUCCCGGCUGGACUGAUCGUCGGCCUGGGCGGUGGUCCGCUGUGGUGCGCGAAGUGCACCUACCUCUCUGUGGUCUCCGAAGCGCACAGCAAGAUAUCCAAUAUUUCGGCGGAGGCCUUGUUGGUGCGAUUCCUUGGUUUAUUUUUUAUGAUCUUCCAAUUAAACCAAGUUUGGGGAAAUCUCAUUUCAUCAUUAGUGAUCUCAUCAGGUGAUAAUUUAGCUGCAGUGACAGCAGUGAAUGCCACGAUGAUACAAAAGCUCUGCGGAGCCAACUUCCUGCCAAGCGCUGAUGCUGGAGAGGCCUUGCAACAGCAGCCACCUGAAAAGAUACAGAUGAUUGCGGGGAUUUAUUUAGCAUGUAUGGUUGGCGCGGCUCUUAUUGUUGCUGUCGGAGUUGAUUCCAUGAAAAGAUAUAAAACUGAUCGUAACGAAACUGGGUCAGGGUUGACGGGAGUCGCCCUGCUGGUGGUGACACUGAAGUUGCUCGUGGAACCCAACCAACUCAUGUUGGUUAUUAUCAACGUGUUUGUGGGCAUGCAACAAGCUUUCUUCGGUGCUGAUUUUACUGCGGCUUUCGUGUCUUGUUCGAUAGGCACGGGUACGGUUGGUUUCGUUAUGAUGACAUAUGGAUUAGCAGAUGCGAUAGGAUGUAUCGUAACUGGAUAUUUGGCCAAAGUAACAGGUCGGCUACCUUUGAUGUGUGUAGCUCUGGUGGCUCACUUCGGGUUGUUCGUGUCUAUAUUGGUGUGGAGCCCACAAGCUAAUCAGACGUACGUCGUCUACAUCAUUGCUGUAAUUUGGGGAGUAUGCGACUCAAUCUGGCUAGUACAAAUUAAUGCAUAUUAUGGUAUCCUGUUUCCUGGUCGUGAGGAAGCGGCGUUCUCAAACUUCAGACUUUGGGAAUCAGUUGGCUAUAUUAUAGCUUACGUCAUAUCUCCUUACAUGAGAACGAGUGCUAAGACCUACGUAUUAUUAGCUAGUAUGAUUGUAGGAGUGACAUUCUACUUCAUAGUCGAGUACAAGGACAGAAAGGCUAAGUCUUUAUCUAAGAAAUUGGAAAUAGAAAAAAUAUCGCCGUCGAAGUAUAUUGGGGGUCUUGACAAUACGGCUUAUCAAAAAGCUGAAUAAUUAGUAAAGAUGUUUUUAUUGACAGACAAGUUAAGAUUUUCUAUCUGGAUAAAGUUUGUGUAAUACGGUUUGUUUUUUUGAAGCUGAUAUGUAUUGACAUUCGCAUUGACUUAUUUUGAGACCCGGGUCUGGCCGUCCGGUUUGACACCUAAUAGAUUCUAGGUUGGCGGCGAACUAGUUAUAAGCUAAAUUUAUUGUAUUAGUUAUU